AGGUCAGGGCCGGCGGGCGCAUCGGGGGUCCGAAUGAGACCCCCGGAGCGGCCGCUUCGGCCAGUAGCUGCCGCGCCACCGCCGGCCCCUUCACCGGCCGCCCGGUUCAGACCUAGCCGGCAGGGGUGAGAGGGAUGCAGCUAGGGGCCCAGCUCCGGUGCCGCACCCCGUAAAGGGCUGACCUUCCACCUCGCCAACUCACCCACGGGAAACCAAGACCAAACCAGCUUAGAUCUCUUCUGGUGCUUGUAAAACCGAACACAACAAAAGUAUGGAUAUGGGAAACCAACAUCCUGCUAUCAGUAGGCUUCAGGAAAUCCAAAAGGAAGUAAAAAGCAUAGAACAGCAAGUAAUUGGCUUCAGUGGUCUGUCAGAUGACAAGAAUUACAAGAAACUGGAGAGGUUUCUAACGAAACAACUUUUUGAAAUAGAUUCUGUAGAUACUGAAGGAAAAGGAGAUAUUCAGCAAGCGAGGAAGAGGGCGGCCCAAGAGACAGAGCGUCUUCUCAAAGAGCUGGAGCAGAGCGCAAACCACCCCCACCGGAUCGAAAUAGAGAACAUCUUUAAAGAAGCCCAGUCCCUGGUGAAGGAGAAGAUUGUGCCCUUUUACAGUGGGGGCAACUGUGUGACUGACGAAUUUGAAGAAGGCAUCCAGGAUAUCAUCCUGAGGCUGACACACGUCAAAACGGGAGGGAAGAUCUCCUUGCGGAAAGCGAGGUAUCACACUUUAACCAAAAUAUGUGCGGUGCAGGAGAUCAUCGAAGACUGCGUGAAGAAGCAGCCUUCUCUGCCGCUCUCCGAGGACGCCCAUCCUUCCGUCGCCAAGAUCAACUCGGUGAUGUGUGAGGUGAACAAGGCCAGGGGCACCCUGAUCGCACUGCUCAUGGGAGUGAACAGUAACGAGACCUGCAGGCACCUAUCCUGUGUGCUCUCGGGCCUGAUCGCGGACCUGGACGCGCUGGACGUGUGCGGGCGGACGGAAAUCAGGAACUACCGGCGCGAGGUGGUGGAAGAUAUCAACAAAUUACUGAGGUAUUUGGAUUUGGAAGAGGAAGCAGAUACUACUUAUGCGUUCGACCUGGGACAGAAUCAUUCCAUUUUAAAAAUAGAAAAGGUCCUCAAGAGAAUGAGAGAAAUAAAAAAUGAACUUCUUCAAGCACAGAAUCCUCCCGAGUUGUACCUGAGCUCCAAGAUGGAGUUGCAGGCUCUGAUCGGGCAGUUGGAUGAGGUCAGUCUCGAGAAAAACCCUUGCAUCCGGGAGGCUCGGAGGAGGGCGGUCAUUGAGGUGCAAACCCUGAUAACCUACAUUGACCUGAAGGAGGCCCUGGAGAAGAGGAAGACGCUGGUUUGCGAGGAGCACCCGGCCCAUAAAGCGGUCUGGGACAUCCUGGGCAACUUGUCGGAGAUCCAGGGCGAAGUUCUCUCGUUUGAUGGGAACCGAACCGAUAAGAACUACAUCCGGCUGGAAGAGCUGCUCACGAAGCAGCUGCUGGCCCUGGACGCCGUGGACCCGCAAGGGGAAGAGAAGUGUAAGGCCGCCAGGAAGCAGGCGGUGAAGCUUGCCCAGAACACCCUCAGCUGUCUGGACCUGAAGUCCGACGAGUGGGAGUACUAGGC